AUGGCGGGUCUCUUACAACGUCUCGAAAUGGGCCUACAUCGUGCUUCUGGUGCCGGCGAACGGCUGCGGUCCCAGGUUGACCGAAUAGACGGCUACAUGCGUACCUCACUUCCCGUGGAUUUAACUUCACCAAGUGACGCGACGCAGAUAAUGAACGCAGAUCCUGAACUUGCUGUUCCUUCCGCGUAUGGACAAGGCACCCCCGCCGUCGGAGCCUCGCCCGGUGCUGGCCUGGACCAGAUGUCCCAGUUUCAGCUGCCACCAGAACUCCUCUCAGAUUGGCCAUGGCCGUUGGAUUCUCGCAGUGCCGAGGUAUUUCUGCCUUUGCCGUUCGAAUAA